GACGGAGCCGGCAGCGGGCGCUCCACCAAGUGAAUCCUCAUGACAAUAUCCAAAUUCGAACGCUUCGCUGCUUCGAAGCCUUCAAGUUGCAUCCAAAGAUGACCUUCCAACAAGAACUGAACUCCUGGUUCGCUCCCAAAGACAGCCCCAACAACUGCCCUCCGCCCCGAGUCGGCGAGCAAGCGCCUCGCUCCACGAAACUCGAGCUACAACCCAACCAUCGCACCAUCAUCGCCUUCCUGAGACAUUGCGGCUGUCCCUUUGCAGAGAAAACCUAUCUGCUCCUCCGGGAAUCGGCAAAAUCUCACCAGGACAUCGACUUCAUCGCUGUAUCGCACUCUGAUCAGGCUUCGACGGACAAAUGGGUCCGGUCUAUACCGCAAUUUGGCAGUGAGUCGGAGAAUUUGAGGGUUGUGGUGGAUGAUACAAAGGAAGCGUAUGCUGCAUAUGGGCUUGGCAUCUCCUCGUGGCUUCAUGUGCUCUCUCCUGCGAGCAUGAUGAAUGUUUUCAGCUUGGCCAGACGUGAAGGUAUCAGUAAUCGCCCUACGGAAAGUGGAACGAGAUGGCAGACUUCAGGUACUUUUGCGAUUGGUGAAGAUGGAAUUGUGAAAUGGGGAGGGCCUGCUAGUAGAGCAGACGAUAUUCCCGACUUUGAAGAGGUUGUCAAGACUCUUGAUCCAGUCCACGGAGUUUCACAGAGCAAGCUUUGAGCAUGCGACAGUCUAGUAGCCUCACCGAUCAUCUCCCCCGCCGACUCACCUUCGCUCAUACACGUUCGUCACAUACUCCAUAGCUCUCCCCACCUCUGAUUUACACGGCCUCAUGAUAGGAACAGCGUCACCAGCUGAACAAUGAGGUCGAAGUUCUGUACUAUUGCCUUCCGACUGUGAUUAUCUUCUCCAAGUGAUUCUGCCAAUGUCGAUCGCUGACGGGGUAUCUAAUAUGUAAGUAGAGUAGUCAAAAGUGUCGUGUCUCAUCUCAACGCAUGCGUCCCGGGACGUUCGCGCUUUCGUGAAUGAAAAACUAUGUCAGUCAGUUCGGCUGGACCAUUGCAGACUGGUCGGUCUUUUGUCGCUUAGACUCGGGCUCGUCAGGCUGCUUGGGCUCUUGGGUCGGUACACUUGGGAGGUCCGGCAAAAUCGACCCCGAAGCAAGCUCAGUAGACUUGGACUGAGCGGCAGCUUGGUCUUCUCUCUGCUCUUUGUCUGAUCCUUCUGUCUUCUCGGCAUUUGAUUCAUCCGCAGGUGCAGUAUCCGACGAGAAGUAUUUCGGCACAAUCUCCUCGUAUGCGUGUUGAUCCUUGUUCACGAAUUGGCAAAACACAAUGCGCUCGAUCUUGCCUGCCCUCUCCACGUCUGCCUCCAACCAGCGUUUCACCGCGCCAAUGGCCACCUCGGCAGCCUCAUCACUCGGGUAGCCAUAGAUGCCAGUGCUCAGAGCACUGAAAGCGAUGCUUUUAAGGCCAUGCUGGGCAGCCAGGUCGAGACUCGUGGUGUAGCAUCCUCGCAGCAACCUCGCAUUGCUUCCAUCUCCGCCGUCCUCUUCCGCAAGGCCUUGACGUCGGUAGACUGGUCCCACAGCAUGAAUGACAUAACGACAUGGCAGGUUCCCGUACGCUUUUGUGAUCUUGGCUGAGCCAGUGUCGCAGCCGUCGAGAGUGCGGCAUUCCUCGAGCAGCUCGCGGCCUGCAGCACGAUGGAUCGCGCCAUCCACACCACUGCCGCCUAGGAGGGACUUAUUCGCAGCGUUGACGAUGGCGUCGACUCCCAGCUUCGUGAUAUCGACCUGGACGAGGGAAACGGUGUCGUUCCAUUUCGCGUUGGCAUCUGCGGCAGGCUCCGCGGAGGGUGUGAGCUGGCGCCGGUGGUAGAGGAGCGUGAGAGUGGGCAAAUCGGCCAGUGAGAUACAUGUAGAUGACGAUGCCAUGUCCGUUUGACGCGAUUGGAGUUG